UUUAGUCAAAUACUCAAGUCUCAAAAAAAAAAGAUGGUCUUUCUUUCUCUCUCCUUAAUUUCAAAUUUGUUCCCAUUUCCCCUCAAUUAAAUCCGCUCCCUCUGCUUCAUUUCCUUUAUUAAUCUCAACUCUAUCUUCUCUAUUUUUUUGGGUUUUUUUUAAGUCUUUCUCUCUCCUCCCAUUUAUUUUUUCAGACGGCAAAAACAAAUUAGUACAACUCUUCAAGUACUUCCCCACUUUCAUGGUUAAGCCCCUCCAUUAUUCUUCUUCUUAUGUUUUUAGGGUUUUUCUCUUCUUCGUUAUUCUGCAAUUUGAAUUUCAAAUUUCGAAUUUCUUCCUCCCUUUUUUCUAGGCAAGAGUUUACAAUCAAUUAACACAUUUUAAGAAAGCAAGGCUAGGAAGGGUUUCAAAGAAGUGAAAUAUUUGGGUAGCUAAGCAAUUUGGCCAACAAGAUGGCGACCGGAAGUCCAUAUUUUGAUGAUGUGAGGGGAAAGCCUGAAGUUAUUGAUCCUCCCUCAAGUGAUGAUAUGAUUGACAUUGCUGAACAUGUAGUGGAUCCCUCACAAAGUGCUGUAAAACCAAACCUUACUGUGUCUAGCAGUGUCCAUGAGCUGCUCGAGUGCCCAGUGUGCCUAACUGCUAUGUAUCCUCCAAUCCACCAGUGUUCCAAUGGCCACACAAUAUGUGCUAAUUGCAAGCCUAGGGUACACAAUCGAUGCCCAACUUGCAGGCAUGAACUGGGUAACAUUAGGUGCCUUGCCCUUGAGAAGGUGGCUGCAUCCCUUGAACUUCCAUGUAAAUAUCAAAGUUUUGGAUGUGUCGGCAUAUAUCCUUACUAUAGCAAGCUCAAGCAUGAAUCCCAAUGUGCCUUUAGACCCUAUAACUGUCCUUAUGCUGGAUCAGAAUGCACUGUUCUUGGUGAUAUCCCUUACCUUGUGUCCCAUCUUAAGGAUGAUCACAAAGUUGACAUGCACAGUGGUAGUACAUUCAACCAUCGGUAUGUGAAGUCAAAUCCCCAUGAGGUCGAAAAUGCUACUUGGAUGCUUACGGUCUUCAGUUGCUAUGGGCAGUAUUUCUGCCUUCAUUUCGAAGCAUUCCAGCUCGGUAUGGCUCCUGUCUACAUAGCUUUCUUACGAUUCAUGGGUGAUGACAACGAUGCAAAGAACUACAGCUACAGCCUUGAGGUAGGAGGAAAUGGAAGAAAGCUGAGCUGGCAAGGGGUGCCGAGAAGCAUCAGAGAUAGCCAUCGCAAGGUUCGUGACAGCUUUGACGGCCUCAUUAUCCAACGAAACAUGGCUCUUUUCUUUUCAGGUGGUGAUCGGAAGGAAUUAAAACUACGGGUAACUGGAAGGAUUUGGAAAGAACAGUGACUUAAGUUCUCUGGGAGUUCAAUCAUGUCAACUAUCCCAUCCAUCAAUUAGAAUUAGAAUAUCUUGUCGUUGUAGCGUCACUAGAGUCAGUCUUGUAUUCAUGUAUCUCAAUGUGUGUAAAAUAGCAAACUCUCUUUGCUGGUCUAUGCAUCAAAUACAUGACUGCGUCAAAGUUAUGACGUCUAUGUGCAAAAAUGUUGGCAAAUUGUCAAAGAUGCUUCAUUGUUGCAUACUAGUCAUUGGCUUGUCCCCUUUAAUACGGUCGAAAAGAGAUUUGCAAUGGCAGCUGAACCUGAGGACGGUUCACUUCUGGUAAAGAUGAAGACUUGACGUGAGAAAGCAAAGCUGUCUAAUUGAGUCCAGAUUUGCUGCAUUCUGGUCGUCCUUGAGAACUGGUUUUGUAGCUUAUAUCAGUUCAGUUAAUUUUUUAAUCGCGAUUCUUCGUUA